UUACUAUUUGAAGCCCCAUUUUUAUCGUUUUCUACAUCUGAUCAAGGUGUGUUUUCAGUUAAUAGAUAAGUGGAUUAAAGUUUUCCUAUUACUCAGUGAAUAAAAACAAUGGCCCACCUAGUGGACAUGGGCUGUCCUCUGCCACCAAGCAAUGACUCGCCUACCGCACCCAUACCCACACCAAUACAUAGAACAACAGCAACUUCGGGUGGGAAAACAAAGAAUAUGGCUCAUAAUCAGCAUGGGCAGAAUAGUACACAGAGCACAGCCGCUGGAUCUUUGUUGAAUCUAUCCUGUGAACAGUUCCAGAAAGUUAUGACUGCUCCAGAUCACAAUGGUUCAGCUUCAGUCAAUUCCUCUCUACCAGUCAGUUCUGCUUCUAAAAAUGGUACCAGACAUCAAGGCGUACAUGGAGGUGGAAAACAGUCUGGUGAUGCAUCGGUUGUACACAGUGAAGGAGUCGAGGACAUGGAUGUCGCAGAGGCGGAGGAUGAGACUCCCAUAUGCUACUUGGACCCCAAGACAUUGGUGCGUCCAAGUGACAGAGAGUGGACUCUGAUUGAGAGGUAUUUGAGUCAGAGAAUUACUGAGGGACACGGCGAGUUCGUCCUGGAGCUGGGCAGUGGAGAAGUUGACGAGUUGGGUUUGUUGAAAAGUGAUUUGGACGAAAGUGUUUCCACUCUGAAGAAAGUUUGUGAGAAGAUUAACUGCACGUGUAUGCAACUCAGACUCAAACAAACAACAACAGCUACACAAACAGCAGUUCCCAGUUCUAAUGGUACAUUGAAUGGUUGUGCCGAUGUUGAAUAUGACUCUGCUACUGGUCCAAAUGCUUCUAAGAAUGGCAGCAAUGAUGGUAUCGGGGAAACAGAAGAAAACGUGGAUGACCCAAAUGUGAAAUGGGUGUCUGAUUUCCUUAUAAGGAAACAGGUGGAUGAGUGUGACUUCAUAGAAGUGCGUGUGGCUGUGGUGGGCAAUGUGGAUGCGGGCAAGAGUACUCUACUGGGAGUGCUCACUAAUGGCAUCUUGGACGAUGGAAGAGGCAAUGCUAGACAGAGUCUCUUCAGACACAAGCACGAGAUGGAGACUGGCAGAACUAGUUCAGUGGGCAAUGACAUUCUCGGAUUUGAUCAGAUGGGACAAGUCGUGAACAAGUCAGAUGGACACGGCAGCGUGGAUUGGCAAGUGGUAUGUAGACGUGCCUCCAAAGUGGUCACCUUCAUAGACUUGGCCGGACACGAGAAGUACCUGAAGACUACCAUAUUUGGAAUGACAGGACACCUCCCAGACUUCUCCAUGCUUAUGGUUGGCUCCAAUGCGGGUGUGGUGGGCAUGACUAAGGAGCACUUGGGACUGGCUCUGGCUCUCAAUGUGCCAGUGUUCGUGGUGGUAACCAAAAUAGACAUGUGUCCAGAAAACGUCCUCAAAGACACUCUCAAGUUGUUGCAACGUAUCCUGAAAUCGCAGGGCUGUAGAAAAAUCCCCAUCUUCAUCCAAAACACUAACGAUGUAGUGGUAACAGCUACCAACUUCACCUCAGAAAGAGUCUGUCCAAUUUUCCAGAUCUCCAAUGUGACAGGUCAAAAUCUGGACUUGUUGAAGAUGUUCCUCAACCUCCUCUCAGCCAGAUCUCUGCCGAGAGCCAACGAGCCAGCCGAGUUCCAGAUAGACGACAUAUACUCUGUGCCGGGUGUCGGCACAGUAGUGGCGGGGACCAUGCUUAGAGGCACAAUAUCUCUCAAUGACACUCUCCUCCUCGGGCCAGACGCAUUUGGCGAAUUCAGUCCUGUUCCUAUAAAGAGCAUUCACAGAAAGAGACUUCCUGUCAAGUUUGUAACUGGCGGUCAAACUGCUUCAUUCGCGCUGAAAAAGAUUAAGCGCAACCAGAUCAGAAAAGGCAUGGUACUGGUGUCGAAUCUGCUGAAGCCUUUCGCCUGCUGGGAGUUCGAGGGGGAGAUUCUAGUACUGCACCAUCCCACCACCAUAUCUGUCAAGUACCAAGCUAUGGUGCACUGCUGCAGUGUGAGACAGACAGCAGCCAUAGUGUGGAUGGACAGGGAGGCUCUGAGGACAGGAGACAAGGCCAAGAUCCGGUUCAGAUUCAUAAAACACCCAGAGUAUCUCAGAGUGGGCACCCGACUAGUGUUCCGAGAGGGAAGGACAAAGGCUGUCGGUUCUAUAACUAAAGUGUACCACCCCUCUGAGACGCCACAGAAGCCCAACUACAGGAACAGAUAUGCUCCCAAAUGCAACACCAACAACAGCUCAGCCAGCAAUGAGGGGACAUCCAGUCAGGGUCAGGGAAACAGGUACGGGCGACGAAGGGGUGGAGCAAGACAGAGGCGGCCACCGACUAUGGGGGCCAACUUUCAAAACACCCAACAAACAUCCAGUCAAAACCAGGAACAUAACAACUACGGAAACAACAACACUAACAGUAGACAACAAGCGCCAUCCACGACAACAAAUGUUAACAAUGCAUCCCAACCGACAACAACGACAAUAUCUACAACAACAACAACAACAGGGAAAACAUGAAAAAAACAUGCUGAACGGAAAAACUGAAGUUGUUUCCAAAACAAACACACCAAACUCUUUUAUUGUAGCUGGUAUAGAAUUAUGAAACUUCGUGGUAGUUUUUCUUGAGCAAACUUGUUAAAAUAUAUAUUUUUUGCAAAAUGGUUGAGGUUUUGAAUGAGGAUUCUGUUGGAAAGUUGCAAGUUUUUUAAAUACUAUCAUGAAUUGAAAUAGCAGAUAAUUUCUCUGAACCGUUUCUGUUGUUGUUUUUAGCUGCGAUGUGUUUUGGUUUUACUGCUUGUCAAAACUACAAUUCAGUUUUAUAAUUGUUUAAUCUCACUUAUCUAAAUACAAUUUAGUUGUCUUG